GUCUUCCUUCACAAUCUCGACUCACCGGCAUCUGGAAAUCAUCAGCUCUGUCUCAAAAUCGGGUAGCAGAUAAUGUUGGACAAGUCAUGGGUUAAUCUCUGCAGAACUGAUCCUGCAUAUGAGAAUGGUGCUACGAAAUUUGUUAAUGAGGUUACUGCUGGUUUAGGAGGAUCUGAAAUGGUUAUAUGUCCAUGUUCAGUUUGUCGCAAUGUAGAUCGUGAUUUAGGCAGUGAAGUAGUAUAUCAUCUAGUAACAAGAGGAAUGGAUGAGGAUUAUAAGACACGGAGGGAUUGGUAUCAUCAUGGAGAAGUGAAUUCAGGGGAUGCGGUAGAAAGCAAAGUAAAGCAGUGGAAUGAUGAGGUUUUAGGGUUAUACAGAGCUGCUGAAUACACUACAAGAAAUAUGGAUACAAUGUUGGACAAGACAUGGGUUCAUCUAUGCAGAACUGAUCCUGCUUAUGAGAUUGGUGCUUUGAACUUUGUUCAUGUGGUUACUGCUGCUUUAGGAGGAACUGAUAUGGUAAUAUGCCCAUGUACUGACUGUCGCAAUGUAGAUCGUCAUUUAGGCACAGUAGUAGUUGAUCAUCUAGUAAGAAAGGGUAUGGAUGAGGCUUACAAGACAAGGAGGGAUUGGUAUCAUCAUGGAGAAAUGAUUUCAGGGGAUGCUGUAGACAGAAAUGGUAAUCAGUGGAAUGAAGAGAUUUUAGGGAUAUACAGAGCUGCUGAUUACUUAGAUGAAGAAUUGGCUAAUAGGGGAGAGUUGACAUAUGAUUCCUUCAGCAAGAGUACUUUCACACUUAAAGCAAUGCUCCUUUGGACUAUCAGUGAUUUUCCUGCCUAUGGAAAUCUUGCUGGAUGCAAAGUAAAAGGUAAGAUGGGUUGUCCUUUAUGUGGGAAGAACACUGAUAGUAUGUGGUUGAGUAACUGUAGGAAGCAUGUCUAUAUGUGCCAUCGCAAAGGUCUUUCACCAACUCACAGUUAUAGGGGCAAGAAGACAUGGUUUGAUGGGAAAGCUGAACAUGGAAUCAGAGGUAGGAUAUUAACUGGUCAUAAUAUAUCUGUACUACUUAAAAAUUUCAAAAAUGAUUUUGGGAAUAGGAGAGAAUCUGGGAAGAAGAGAGCUAGGCCUGCUACUGUAGAGUCAGAUGAAGAGGAAGAAGUAGAUAGUGAGUCAGAUGAAGAAGAAGAAGUAAAAACAGAUGAGGAGGAAUUAUCAAGAUGGAAGAAAAGGUCAAUCUUAUUCAAGUUGCCUUAUUGGGAGGACCUGCCAGUAAGACACAAUUUAGAUGUGAUGCAUGUGGAGAGAAACGUCUGUGCAAGCAUUAUUGCUACUCUGUUGCAUUGUGGUAAAUCAAAGGAUGGUUUAAAGACUCGCAAAGAUCUCCAACUACUAGGCAUUAGAAAGGAUUUGCACCCUACAGAAAGAGGUAAAAGAAUCUACCUUCCACCUGAUCCUUGGUCCUUGUCAAAGCAAGAGAAGAAAGUUUUCUGUAAGCGGCUUUAUGACUUCAGAGGUCCGGAUGGCUACUGUUCUAACAUAUCUAGUUGCAUAUCAUUAGAUGAUUGCAAAGUAAUGGGACUCAAAUCACAUGAUUACCAUGUCUUGAUGCAACAGCUUCUCCCAGUUGCAGUUAGAGGUUUACUACCAAAAGGUCCAAGGGUUGCUAUCCUACGCUUAUGCUCAUUUUUUAACCUUCUCUGUCAAAGGGUCAUUGAUAUGGAGCAGAUUACUGUAUUGGAAAAAGAAGUUGUUGAGACUCUGUGUAUGUUUGAGAGGUACAUGAAAGUCUUGAAAGAUUAUGUCAGAAAUCCAGCAAGACCAGAGGGGUGCAUAGCUGAGUCUUAUCUAGCAGAAGAAUGCAUGGAGUUUUGCAAUGCUUUCUUGAGGAAGACUACAAAUGUAGAAGAGAAAGCUGACAGAAACACAGAGUAUGAGAGUAGCUCAAUCUUAGAGGGUCGUCCUAUAUCUGCAGCAACUGCAUUCACUUUUACUGAAAUGGAGAAGAAGAUAGCCCAUCUUGCUGUAAUUCAAAAUACAGCAAUGGUUGAUCCUUAUGUGGAUAUCUACAAGACACUAAUGCCAAAUGCAAACGUGAUGCUACUGUUUUGUGGAAUACCUAUGGACUCAGAUGUGCAUGAAGAUACAUUAAAGUGGUUGGCAUAUGGUCCUAGAAGCAUUGCAAGGUCUUACACUGGUUACAUAGUGAAUGGCCUGAGGUUUCACACAAACUCUGUUGAUAGGCUAAGUCAGAAUAGUGGAGUGUUUUAUGAGGCCACAGCCAUGUGUCGUUCUAGUGCUAAGGACACUUCUCAAGUUGUUGAUUGGGUUUCAUACUAUGGGAGAGUCACUGACAUUAUUCUGGUAGAUUACAAUGUCUUCUAUGUUCCCAUCUUCAGAUGUCAAUGGGCAGUUAGAGGUAAUGGAGUGAAGAUUGAAGAUGGAUUCACACUAGUUAACUUGAAUCAGAGUCAGACAUCUUUUGCAAGGGAUCCAUUCAUAUUAGCGUCUCAAGCAAAGCAAGUAUUUUAUUCUAGGGAAAAUGAUUCAUCUAAUUGGUUUGUUGUGAUGAAAGGUCCUUCUAGAAGAUACAAUGAGGAAACUGAAGAAGAUACAGAUGUUGGACCAUUACCAUCGAUUAUUGAUAUGAAUACUGAAGACUUGAAUGAUGAGUCUCAGAAUGCCCGGAGGGAUUGUGAAGGAAUAUAUAUGGCUCCAAAGAAAAAGGUUUCAAGAAAGAGGAAAACCCCUGUAGAAGAUGUGGAGCCAGAGUAUUUGGGUACUAUUGAACCAGCUUUGGAGAUGAUGGAAGCUGAGACUCAACAAUCACAUGAGGAAGAUAAUGGAGGUGAGGGUGAUGUCUUAGCAGAUAAUGAGAAGCAUCCAACUUCUGAGACUGAUAUUGGAGUGGAAGAAGAUGGUGAGGUACCUACAGUUGAUGCAGAACAAGAAACAGAAGGACAGCACCAAUCUGAAGAGGCUGCAAUUCCAGUUCAGCAGCAGCCAAAGAGACGCAGAGGACCAACAAAGAUGAAAGACAUCGCCAAGGAUCCAAACUCAAGAAUAAAAGUUGAUUUUACUGACCUAGCAGAACCUUGUGGACCAGGGUCAGUUAAGUUAUCAUCAUACAUAGGUUCUUUAGUAAGAGAACAUGUUCCUAUUAUAAUUGAAGACUGGAGGAAGAUUGGGGAAGAGCGCAAAACUGUUUUGUGGAAGUCUGUUCAGGCAAGAUUUGAACUUGAUGGAGAGUAUGAAAAGGCUGCUGUUAUCAAACAUAUGGGUUGCCUGUGGAGAGCUUACAAAUCAAGGAUGGUACAGAAUGUGAUUAAAGCAAACAACAACGCAGAUAGGAUGAAGCUACGACCAAAGAAUGUUCCUAUUGGGGAAUGGCGAAAGUUUGUCAAGCUAAAAACUAGUCCUGAAUUUCAGGCUGUGAGUGAUGAAUACAAGGAGAGAAGACGUAAUCAGAUUCCUCACACUUGCAGCCGUAAAGGAAUGGUUAGGCUUGCAAAAGAAUUGAAAAAAGAAUGCUCAGAACCAUCAGAAGUCACAAGACUGAAAGUUUGGGUGAAGUCUCGAACCAAAAAGGAUGGUACAGCAGUCAAUACUAAGGCAGCUGAGAAAAUUAGGAAGGCAAAUGAGCUUGCUGCAUCUGGAGAUCCCUCAUCCACAUCAUCAAAUCCAAAAGACGACCUACUUUCUCAGGUAUUAGGACCUGAUAAUCCAGGCAGACUGAGAGCUAUGGGUAGAGGAAUGAGUGUGAGUAAACUGGCUUGUUUCCAAGUCAAGAACAAGCAUAUGGCUGAUAUGCAACAAAACCAAUCCCAACUACAGAAACAGGUUCAAGACUUGCAAGAAGCACUUGCUAAAAUGAAUUACCAGAGAGAAACUGAACCUGAAAUAGGUGAAAACUCUGCUCCAACAAGUGUGAAAAAUAGAUCUAAACCUAAGUGUGUGUUGCAUGAUUGGUCUGGUACUGAUGACAAAGUUGCUGAGGGACUUAUCCUGUCUUCUGAUCGUGGUGACUUCGUCGACGACACACCUUUAGGACCUGGAGCUUAUAAGGUAUUGGUUGAAACUGCUAUUAAAUCAGAUGCAUGGCUGUGGAGACCCACACAGAAGAUAUUUACUAUUGGAGAAGCAGUUGGAACAGUGAUUGCAUGGUCCCAGAACUAUUGUGUUGUCUAUGAUGAUGUGUUACCAGAUGAUAGUGUACCUAAGAGUCCAAGUGCAGAUUCUACCAACUUAUGCAAGCUACUAGACUGGGGUAAAAAUGAUGAAGAAGUUGUUGCAGAAGGUCGUUGGCAAAGUAAAGCCAGAGAGGCAUUGGUUAAUGGACUUCCCAUUGGACCAGGAGCUGUUAAAAUUUUCAUUGAUGCAGUGGUAGAACCUGAAACAUUUCUUUGGAGACCCACUCCACAACUGUCAACACUGGAUGAUUGUUUAAAGUCUUUUGUGGCUUGGCCUGUCCACAGAGUUAUCUUCUAUGGAGUAAACACUGACACACCCGCAGGUUCAUUAUCUUCUCUUCAACAAUCUGCAUCAACCCCUUCAGCUCCUAUUAAGAAAACACAGGUUCAGUCACAAUCCUCCUCACAGGCCCCUACUCUGAAGUCUCAGAAAAGCAUGCCUGCAGUAGUAGUUGGCAAGGAAAAUCAGAAGUGCAUGUUGAUGGAUAUAACAGGAUUGAACAGGGUAGUUGCUGAAGGACGUUGGUCUUCAAAUGAUCCUGACCUGAAAAUUCACUUUGUUCCUCUGGGCCAUAACGGAGUCCGCGUCUGGGUAGAUAUAGUCAAGGUGGAUGAUGCAGCGGUUUGGAGGCCUUCUUCUGCGGUUGAGUGUAUGGAAGAUGCGUUAGUCUUUAGACUUGAGACUUGGUACUUUAACAGAUGUGAUUUCCCUGCCUAUGGGAAUCUUGCUGGAUGCAGAGUUAAAGGUAAGAUGGGUUGUCCUUUAUGUGGGAAAAGCACUGACAGUAUGUGGUUGCGUAAUUGUAGGAAGCAUGUAUAUAUGUGCCAUCGCAAGAGUCUGCCACCAAAUCAUAGAAAUGAUUUUGGGAAUAGGAAAGAGACUGGGAAGAAGAGAUCUAGGACUGAACAUGUAAUUGAGACAGUCUCAAGUGAUGAGAGUGAUGACAGUGAAUCAGAUGAAGAGGAAGAAGGUGAAAAAGACGAUGAAGAGUUAUCAAGGUGGAAGAAAAGGUCAAUCUUUUUCAAGUUAUCAUAUUGGGAGGACCUGCCAGUCAGACACAAUUUGGAUGUCAUGCAUGUUGAGAGAAAUGUCUGUGCAACUAUUGUUGCCACUCUGUUACACUGUGGGAAAUCAAAGGAUGGUUUAAAGACCCGGAAAGAUCUACAACUUCUAGGCAUUAGAAAGGAUUUGCACCCUGCUGAAAGAGGUAAAAGAACCUACCUUCCACCUGCACCUUGGUCUUUGUCAAAAUCUGAGAAGAAAACAUUCUCUUUCCUCGUUUACGUCAGUCCAAAAUCUUCUGGUCCAUGUGACAAUGAGAUGGAGAAACUGGUGUUUUAUCUAGCUAAGCUGGGACUUAUGCAGUAUCCCGUAGUUGUCUUAAACCGUCCACCGAUUAUUGGAGGAGCGUUACUUCAGAUCACCGAAGAAGAAGAACAACAACAAGGUUCCGAUAUGGCGUCGUCUAGAAUCUCUGAUCUUCUUCAUCAAGGCGGAAUCGCAGGUGAAAUUAUACCGAAGAAUGUUGCAGGACAUGGAAGCCAAAACCGAAAAGUUCUUAUCACUGGUCGUGAAGUUGAUAAUCAAAUUCUUAUCAGUUCUCUUAAAAAGAAGCACAAAGAUCUUUGCAUGUGGAUGGUGAAGUCCCCUGGUGGACCUUCCGUUAAGUUCUUGGUUAAUGCUGGUAAUGUCUCCAGCUUCUCUUAUUUGGUUUCAACAUAAGUGACACGAGCUGAUGGAUCUAAUCAUAUGUUGGGUAAUAAUGGGUUUAUCAAUUUGUAUCGUCUCUGAGCUGUGUCUUUGUGUUUUUGUGGUGUUCACACAAUGGAGGAGCUGAAACUCACUGGAAAUCAUCUGAAAGGUUCUCUGAUUCGUCUCUGAGUUUAUUAAAGAGAUGUUAACUCA